AUGGCGCUCCUCAAGCUCCCCAAUGAACUGCUGCAGGCUAUCUUGGAGGAGCUGAAUCUAGAGCGAGACAUCAACGCGAUCGUUCGGACCAACCGCCAUCUUUAUCAAAAUUUCAAUAGCUUCCUCUAUCGACACCAUGUCAAUCACUUUCAAGCCGCGGCACUGACAUGGGCUGCAAUCCGGGGCCGAGAAGAGACCAUUCGGAGGUUACUGGUUGAAGGAGCUGACAAGGUCGCCGAAACCCAUAACAAGUCCAACUCGCCAUUAUUUUUAUCGGCAAUGUGUGGUCACUUAUCCAUAAACAAAUUCUUAGUGGAACAAAACUACGAUCCUGAUGCUCGCAAUGAGACCGGUCGGACGCCGCUCUCGUGGGCCGCGCAAAAUGGCCACAUAGAAAUUGUCAAAUUCCUAUUAGAAAAAGGCGUCAAUAUGGACUCGGAAGAUGAAGACGGCCAAACGCCUCUCUUUUUCACAGUAGAGCGGGGUCACGAACCAAUCGCCAAGCUUCUACUCGAGAAAGGCGCUCGACCGAGCCUGAAGAACGCCGGCUUUCAGCGCACUCCGCUGUUCUACGCUGCCGAACGUGGGACUUUGUCUGUAGUCAAGCUUCUUCUAGAGAACGGUGCGGACUUAGACCCCACAGAUAUACACGGGCGAACUCCACUGUCUUUUGCAGCACAGAGUGGCCAGGAGUCGGUCAUUCGCUUUCUCCUAGAUCGUGGUGCUGACGUGGACGCCGCAACGAGCCGUGGUCGAACCCCUUUAUCGUGGGCAACAAUGUUUGCCCACGAUGCCACAGUCAGACUUCUCCUCGAGAGGGGAGCAAACCCUAACUCUGCAACAGAUGAGGGAAACACUCCAUUGACCUGGGCAGCAGAGAGAGGGCACAUCUCAACUAUUGAGAUCCUGAGAGGGUACGGGGCUCAUAUAGACGGUAAGGGACUCAAUGGCCAAACGGCCUUAGCAUCGGCAGUACAUGAGGAGCCCGUGUCUACGGUACAGCUCUGGUUGAAAUACGGUGCCUUCGUAGACACGCAGGACCAGUACCAGCGGACUCCUCUGUUUGUUGCCACCCUUUUGGGGCGAGAAAACAUAGUACAGACCCUUCUCGAGCACGGCAGUACUGCAAUGGAGACACCAACCUGUGCCGGACGUACUCCAUUAUCUAUUUCCCGUGAAUACAAGCUAGGAAAGAUCCUGAAGCUCCUAGCUGACGCCUCAGGUACACAUGUGGAAGCAGAAGAAACAGAAUUGGAACCCUCUGUGAUCAAUUUGGACUUCCAGACCUGCUGCGACAGCUGUGAUAUCGAGAUACCUACUUACGAUUAUAGUUUCAACUGCGCGCAGUGUAACGACGCUGGUUAUGAUCUCUGCGUUGAGUGUUCUGCCAACGGUGCAUCGUGUGACGUGCAGGGCCAUACUCUACAGAGACAGAAUCCAAGCGCAGCGGAACCUUCGGAAUAA